AGGAGUGUCCUCACAACCACUGAACCGGCAUAUGAAUGCACUAGUUAGUUCAGCCCUGCCAGCAAACAACUGUGUGUCCUUGUCAGAGAGUGUGUGUAUAAGCCGUGGAGGAGCAAAUAUCUCUUUGGUACAUUAUGUUGUCUUUGGGAUAGUUGGACAGUUGCUGCUUCCUCUACCUCUCGGGCUGGACUGCGGUGCAUUGACGUCGGCUCGCCCUCCCCUGCCCCCUCGCCCCCCAGCCAUGGCCUCACGCAUUGGCAUGCGGAUGCAGCUGAUGCGAGACCAGCUGCAGCAAGAGGAGCAGCGGGAGAGGCAGCAGUUACAGCAGAUCCAGCUGCAGCAGCAGCAACAGCAGCAGAAUGCAGCCAUGCAAUACAUGCAGCACUGCAUGGCUAUGCCUCCUGCACCCACACCAGCCAUCAAUGCCCCGCAGCAUCACCAAAGCAUGCAGGUCCCUGUGGAGGUUCUUAAGGUACAGACCCAUCUGGAGAAUCCUACGGAUUACCACAUCCGUCAGUCUCGGAGGCAACAGGUGAAAGAAUACCUCUCAACCACAUAUGCCACCAAACAGACGGUCCACGCAGUAGUGGGGCCAGUGCAGCCCUCUCCUCCGACAAACAUGGGUCCUACAGGUGGUUCAGCGUCCGCCCCCCCACCCCUACGCUCCCCACACAUGCGCACCGAGCAGCUCAUGUCAGGGAACAGCGCCCCAAACAGCCCCAUGGCCAUGCUCAACAUCGGCUCCAGCCACGAGACAGAGAUGGAUGAGGUCAUUGAUGACAUCAUCAGCAUGCAGUCGAAUUACGAUGAUAUUCAGGCCUACAUUGACCCAAUCCAGAUGCCAAACACACUCCCACUCUCUAGCAGCCACCUGGAUGUGUAUACAGGGCCGGGAAUGAAGGGUCCAGCCAUUGCUAUGACUAGUAACUCCUGUCCUGCCAACCUUACCAUCAAACGAGAACUGACAGGAACAGAAGCCCGUGCGAUGGCCAAGGAGAGACAGAAGAAAGACAACCACAAUCUGAUUGAAAGGAGGAGGAGAUUCAACAUCAAUGAUCGUAUUAAAGAGCUGGGCACCAUGAUCCCCAAAACCAAUGACCUUGACGUGCGCUGGAAUAAAGGCACUAUACUGAGGGCGUCUGUCGAGUACAUCAAGCGCAUGCAGAAGGACGCGCAUAGGUCCAGAGAGGUGGAAAACAACUUCAAAAGGAUGGAGAUGGCCAACAAACAAAUGAUGCUACGCAUUCAGGAGUUGGAGAUGCAGGCUCGUUUACAUGGUCUGCCCAACAACUCUCCAUCAGCCCUGAACCCCACUGACCUGAUGUCUUCUUAUAUAAAACAAGAGACCAGCCCCGAGGACAACCUCGCUCACACAAUGGCACAAGCCCACCACCAGCCCCAGCACCUGCCCCAGAACCAGGCUCACCCCCAGGCCCAGCAGCACCACUUCCUCCAACAGAACCACCUCCACUCCCAGGGCCAGGUUCAGCAGCAGCCAAGGCAGCUGCCGCCACUUCCCCAUCACCUGCAGCAGCCCCAACAACCCAUCCAGUACCCGGCCGUAGGCAGCUCCCAGCCCUUUGACUUUACCCAGUCGCUGGACUUGUGUGAUGGGAUACCCGGCUUCUCAGACGGCAUGUCGGGGCUGGGCGACCUGGGCGGUUUGGAUGUCCAGGGCAGGAGAGACGCGCUGGGCUUCCUGAUGAUGGACGAGCCCUUGUCUCCUAUGGGAGGAGACCCGCUGCUCUCCGCAAUGUCCCCUGAAGCCUCGGUUGACUCCAGCCGCAGAUCCAGCUUCAGCAUAGAGGAUGGAGACAUACUGUAGACACACACACACUCACACAAACACAUGCACAAGCACAUGCUAAAGUUUUAAAAUGUAAAACAGCAUCAAAAGUGACACAUUUACAGCACAUAUGACAGAAAGGAUUCAGCCACCAUACAAGACUUUAUUCACCCGGCACAAACUACACACUUCACACAAUUUGAACAUGACACACAUUUGUGGUACAAUUUCCAUUUAUUUCCCCGUAACGGCACGAGCAAAAGAAGGCACAGUGCCGUCAAUCAUUUCAAAAAAAAAUCUGUAUCCUGUAAACGUUUGUGCACACACACACCAAUGCAUGUGAGCUUGAAACGUUGCAGCAACACUCCUCGUCAGGAGUUAAAUUGAACACUUGGCCUUGUUUCUGUAAAGAUGGCUCUGAAUCAUAAUUAAACAGGGGACACAAGCAGCAGUUAAUUAGAUUAAAGUUAUCAGAUACAAGGACAACUGAGCGCAUUGUCUCACAUUGACAAGUUAUUUUCUCCUUACAUCAACCUCUUUUACGAACCAUCAAUGAUUAAAUGAGCGAUAGUGAAUAAAAUGGAAAUAUCUUUACGGUCCUGCAUGCAUAAUUUAUCUGAAGGGGGUGCAGUCAAGUCAUUUUGUUCCCCUUCCUCAAUCUGUUAUUCCAGUGAUGACUUAGGCUGUAGCAGCAGCUGUUUGACAAAGAUCUGUGUUAGCCUGCUAAACUAAAUGGUAUUCCUCCAAUGACCACAUUGGGAAACAUUAUAAAACUCAUAGAAGAAGGUAUAUAAUCCAGCUUUUUUAGCAAAGCCCCUUUAAUUUAUUGCAUCUACCCCACCUCCAGCUAUAGUUGUUGUCUUCUCACUAACACACACAGCUGUCUCCCAGUUCUACACCUUUAGCCUUGACACUGUCAUGACCUUUACUGUGCAGAGAGUAGAGAAAAAUGUUGGAUGUUCUUCAGAAUGCAGCAUGUCGUCCAAAACAGUGAGGUGUCAAAAUACUCAGGUACUGUAACACAACACACAAGCCGAAUCAGAUUUAAGCAGAAGCAGAUGUUAACCUGAACGGUGUCCAGCUCAUAACCCCUAUCAAUGUGCCUUUUCAUUUUCGCAGCUGCUGCUCUUCAAUGGGAUGUUUUUAUAUGUUGGGGAUCACGGCCAGGGUUUAGAUUUAAUAUUAACUUUAAUUAUGCCUGUAAAUGCUUUAGAGUUUGCUACUGUACCAUCCAUACCUCGGUCGUAGCCGGAGAUAAACAUCUCCUCUUUUUUCUCACUGAUUUCCUUUGAAGGGCCCUGCUUGCAUGAGAAGCCCGGGUGAAUGAAAUAUAUAGUGACAGUGUUUAAUACUGAAAAGAGAAAGAGAUAGUUUGUCUCGGCUGACUGUAGAAUUAGACUUAUCUUCACUGAAAACACAGCAUCAGCAUACACUUGCAUGCAUCCACGUUCUCACACAGUUCACAAACAUGCAGGUGCUCACCUUGUACACAAACAUGCGUUCUCAUACUCACAUACAAUACACACCUUGAGGCUGUUUCAAAUCAGCAUGUGAACAAGUCUCCUGUGCUUCAGCCUCUCCCCUGACGAGAGGAGUGAAGCUGCCAACUGCAGAGGUAAAACUCAGGUCUGCUGCUGAAACUGCCACCUAAAGGGAAGUGUUAUCCCACUGGCUAGUGUUCACAGUGAUGGUCGGGGAAGGCCGAGGUGGACCUGAGUAGUAUCUCUGUUGGUGGACAUGGGGCUUGGCUUUGAUUUGAUUAUAGCUUAUGAUCAGUACUGAUAAGGUAGGAACAGUAGAAAAAGAAAAAAAGGUUAAUGGCGAUUUUUUUUGGGAUUAAAAUAAGUAUUUGUUUUCUUUAUUAUAGUUUGUUGUUUAUUUUAUUUACGAAAGCACUGGAAACUAUAUUACUGUUUUGACUUUGUACAUGGAAGAAUUGUGGAAUAAGAUUUAUUUCAGAUGUAUGCCACUAAGCCACUUAAAUGUAUUUACUGGUAUUUGUUGUUUUAGUUUUAUUUCAAUUUUAUUCCAAACUACCCCUCGAGCCAUUUUCAGUAAGCUCACUGUAUAGGCACACACAAGAGUGGAGAGCCGUUUAUAAACUUCCAGAUUUCAACUGACUUUAGAGAGAUUAAGAGAUUAUGUACAUUUACGAUGUCAUUUUUAUAUCAUUUGGUUUUUAUUUUUCUCUCUAUUUUAACUUUGAACUUUGGAGCCAACUUGAUUAUUUGUUUUGAUUGAAUUCAAAUUUGCUCAUUUUUUUGAAUGUAAGAUUCACCAGUGGUUCUGGUCAGACCGAAGCAGGUCGGCGGUUUCGCCAUGCCUCCUACUUGCAUGGCUUUGGUUUCCAUGGAGACUGGAUGUCGACUGACUUCAUAUAAACUCUGAGCCCAGGAGUUGUGGUUGCCAUGGCGUAGCAUCACUGACUCUGCAUUGGUCUCUGCCUGUCUGCCAGAGUCGUGCCUUUCCCCACCAGCCACAGUUUGACUGUUGUUGUACACUCACACAGACAACACUCCAAAGAGCUGCUGAGGCCUCCUCUACUCUUCCACUAGAGGGUGCUGCAGAGCAAAAUACACAGGGAAAAGUGGUUCUGAUUUUACUGAGAAUAUAAAAGGUUUUACCAGAAUCCAUACACUGGCUUUUGGCGUUUUUUUUAUUGAUGUGACUUGAGAAAUGUGCCUGUGUGUCUGUGUGCAUGCGUGUCUGUGGCCUUAUAUUAAAUGGAGGUGGAAAACAAUGUCUACAUCCACUCAAAAUGAUGUGCAUUUGGUCUUGUUAUUAAGAUUAAAUGGAUGUUGGACCUUCACUGUGCAGAAUGAUGUACGUACAGAGUUGAUACUAGACUGCUGAAGUGGCAACGUUUCUCAGUGCUCACCUUAAAUCUCAGACAACACAUGUAUAAGCAUGAUUUUGUGUUACAACAUCAAGUUUGGCGAUCACUGCAUGAGAUUUACACAAGUGUGAUGUGGGAAUUUAAAGCCUUGAGUGCAAAAACACUAGUGAGGGGGACUUUUGUGAAGGAGACAUCUAUUUCCGGCCAUUCAUCUUUAAAAAUGAAGAACAUUUACAUAUUUAUUAAUAAAAUCUGGAUUACA